GUUUUAAUGUACAGGACAAUGGUAUAUACAAUUAAAAUAUUCAUUUACCUGAUCACGGAUGACUGCAACAUAGACAUUUGUUUGUUGAUCACUUUGAAGGUUGUUCGGAGGUUUGGUUUGAGUAUGUGACACUGUUAAGGCCAGAGUUGAAGUCAACUAGAAUAGCUGAAAGUGGUUGAGAAAGUAGCUAAUGAUGUGAUCCCAGUUAUCCAGUCAAACAGUAACCUCUUCUGUAGUGACUACUGUUCAGCCAGAUGAAGUGAGAAGUUUGAAAAGGAAGUAAAUGUAAAGAAGAACAAUUCAAAUUAAUAAGAAAUAGCUAAAUUUUCCAGCGCUUCCUGCUCUCAUUGGAAUUAAAUUGAAACAGCAAUAAUAGCUUUUGGAAUAGCAAUAAUUAUCAUCGUUACAUAUAAGUAAACAGGAAACCUAAGGAGUAAAAACUAACACCGGAAACACGUGAAAUAAUGAGCAGGUCAACAAAUAAAAAACUGUCAUGUGAUCAAAGAAAAGCUCGCGCUAGCAAACACCUGUCUCUCAUUAGUUAAAUUGAUUCAGUUAUAAAGGAAAACAGCGUUAAACUACAGCGAGACGACACCGAGGCCUACGCGAAUAAUAAAAAAAAACUUUAUCCAUACGAACACAAACCGAGGAAGUACAACAUGAAACGACUUUUCAUCUGCGAGCUGCUCACCUCCAGCAUUGGAUUCAAACAAUGUUUCAACACACGUGUCCCGUGGCUGGGAACCAGACCGUGGACGCUGCGGUUAUAUUGGUAUGCACCUGUUGUGUCUACCGGACGCCCCUAUAUGAUCAGGUCGUUUUGAUUAAUUUCCCUUUUAUGUCUUUUAUCUUUUCUCAGAACCUUGUUUUCACAUUCACCUGGGCAGUUUUCCUCCACUACACCCUGUUAGUCAGGUUUACAAUGAAAAGUAAGCUGUAAACAGCUAGAAACCGUAUGGCCUAUCCCACCUACACAUAUUUUAGAUAUGAGAGAAAAUAGGCGACAUGUAUAUUAGGGCUAUUGUUGGUGAAUAAAUUACUCGGUCUGAUUUAAUUUUUUGGGACAUUUUUUGUGUUAAGUCUAAUUGAUAUUACUCUGUAUUAAAGAACUAUUCCAAACGGCAGAUGGGGCACAAUAGUAGCCUAUAGUAGUCCGUUUGGAUAUAUUUUGAUUUCUAUUUAAUCAUUUCAAAUAUGGACUGACUUUUGUUACAAUACCAAACUGACAUGCUUUGAUAUUCUGUCAUUGAGCAUCUUUGAUCAGCUUUGUUGUGUUGCCCCUGUCUGAUCAUCACUGUCGAUACAUGAUUUCUGGAAAUAAUGUGGGCUAUCUGCAUUCACCUGUUUGGUCGGUGACAUCCACAGUGCAAGCAACUAGAAGAAAACUUCCCAAAGCUAACACUAGAUGUCACCCAGACCUCACUUUUUUUACAUCUUUGCUUUUCUGUAGUUUGAACAUGUAGAAAGUUGUAUAAUGUAGUUUUGAAGGCUGGUCACCUGAUGAUUUCGGUUACUCCACUUCUCCUUUGUAUAAAUCACUGAUGCCUGUAACAGUCUAAAGUUAUUUACAUUUAGCUCAGACAUAUCUCUAUGUCUGGAUUCUGUCUUUAAAAUGAGGGGGCUUGGUGAGAUGUUCGAGGGAUUUCGGUUGAUUAAUAUAUUCUGGAGUUUAUUUAAUAAAUUCAUUUGAAUGAUGGAGAGGGACCAUUCUCAUAUGCAGAUUGGCGACAUGGCAGGCCAAUCAGAACUCACUGCUGUCUUAGUGAACGGGGGCGUUUUAUGACCUCGCCCGCUUCACCAAAGCUUUCGAUGCUGAAGAUGUUCCAACUGUGUAGUGGAUUUAUCAUAUGCUUUGUGGUCAGUUGGAGGCUGUCAUCGUGUCGUACAUCACUGCGAUCUGUUUGACUUAAACUCUACAGACUUUGUUGAAAACAUGAUAAGAGUGGGGCAAAUGGAGCUGAGUGAAAGCGCUGCUGCUAAAUCUGUUUCUGAGAAACAGUUAAAUGUCUGAUGGCUUUCGUUUUCGGAGGCCUCUCCUACUUUCUGCACUUCUCUUUUCAGCAGAGGCGCGCUGCGCUUUUACGCACGACUAGUGGCACUAGCGGAGUGUACAGAGCCAUGCAGGUCGUCAGUGUAUGAGGGUUUCCCACUUAAAGCUGCCACAGCUGCUAGAACAUGAUCCUGCUGCCUGGUCUGUUGUUUAUUCUCUGGGGAGAACCGGGUCGGUGUCGGGGGGAGGAUGGAGGCUUCACUUUUGAUGGAGAUAUCCGUCACUUCGCCGUGGCCUCCAACUCGGUUUACAUCGCUACAGAGGAGAGGCUGUAUCAGCUGAGCCACAACCUGACUCUGGUCCGGAGUCUGACCCAGAGAGGAUUCAUGAAGGACGGUGCCAUCCCGCCGGUUGAGGAGCAUUUCUACCGUGUUUCUGAGAUGGCGUGGUGGAACGCAACUUUCAGCGUCAACGUGUUAUUGCCAUUUGUUGAGAACGGCACUCUGAUCAGCUGCGGGGUGACCGACGAUGAGUGUGGUUACUGUGAAGUUCUGGACCUGAUGAACAUCUCUAACUUUGUGCACAGGGAGAGCAUCUAUGUGGGACCACUGAGGCGCAGCAGCGCGUCCGUCUCAGUCUUGGUGACAGUGGAGAAGAGUCCAACCCAGAGCCACUUUUACAUUCUGACCGCGAUACAGCAAAAACAUCAAGAACAUUCCGGUCCGAGCCGCUGCUCCUCUGAUACCCAAACUGUCAACCUUCAGAAUACGGAUGAGAAGCAGUCCGGAGGUAUAUUUUCUUUUAAUGAUGAGCAAUCCCGACCUUCUUUCGAAAGUAAAGGCGAUGUGGAGUUUGUGGACGGAUUUCAGAUCAGUUCAACCAUAUAUCUGCUCUCCAACGUGCCCUCCGGCUCCAAAAGUAACAAAGUCCAUCUAAUUUGGUUUGAGGGCAAAACCAACAAGGUCGAGACUGUCAAGUCGCUGCGGGGCGCGACUCUCAGUGUCUCUGAAGGUGGUGGUGACGGUAACAGACUCCUGGCCUCCUCGGUGAUCCCGGGCGGUCCGCCGGUGCUCUGGAGCGGAGUGUUCAGUGUGGGUGAAGGACAGCUGAACACCGAGCUGGUAGUGUUUGACAUCAGCCCUGAUCUCAGCGGAGAGGCCGAUGCAGAUCCAGACUUCUGUAGUGAUUGUCCUCCCAAGCAAACGGUUAACAAGACACUGAAGCCGGAGGCAGUGCUCUUCAGACAGAACAACAUGACCUCUGUGCUGGCAGUGAGGCAGAGGGCCUGGAUGGUUUUCUUCAUCGGGACAGGAGAUGGGCAGCUCAUCAAGCUUGCUGUGGAUAAGAACUAUCACACCGUCUGUCCCACGGUGCUCUACAGGGCCAAUGAUGACCGCAGAGUGUUUCCCAAAAUACAACUGGAUCAAGUCGAUCGUAAACAUGUGUACGUGCCAUUUCAGAACAAGAUGGAGCGUGUCCCCGUGUCAACGUGCAGCACAUACAAAAAUGUGCAGGAGUGCUGGUCUGCACAGGAUCCAUACUGUGUCUGGUGUGACUCUAAGAGUUGCACAUUUGAAGAUGACUGCAAAGAUUCAGACUGGGUGUCCAUUCCUGAUGAUUACCAGCAGAAAAUGGUUUCCCACAAUGUUGCUAAGGACUCCACCGGCCAGAUCACACUUAACAUCCUGACACACCUGACUGCGGGCGAGAAGGCACGGUCCAACUUCGCCUGUCAGUUCCCUGUGAGUUCCAGAGAGCUUUGUAGGAAGAAUGAGUUUCCUCCACAGUUCCCACAAUGCAUCUGCAUCCUCUCUGAGAACAUACUUCCUGCCGAAGGCCUGGCAGUCGGUGAAAGUGUUUGCCAAAAGAUGGGGUCAGGGAUGAACUUUUCUAGGCCAGAGAUCUCCUCCAUCACUCCCAGUGUCGUGUCUUUCUACGGCAGAAACCAUGCAGUGUUGAGCGGUCAUAACCUCAAUGAUGUGACCAGAGUGAGGAUCCAGACUGACGACUGCUCUCCACGAGAAUCUCCUGUGUGGAACAACACAGGUGUGAGUCUGACGUUCCACAUUCCCAGCACAGAAUCAAAAGGCGUGGUCAAAGUAUGUGCUCUCCUCCCGGACGGUAGUUGCCAUGGCAAUACUAAAAUCACCUACCAGUCAUCACCAUCCUGCACUAACAUUGUACCAAGUAGCACUUGGGUCAGUGGAAAGAGGAAGAUCACACUCACCGGCUCUCGCCUGGACUUUGUGGAAGGGAUCACACACAGCCACGCCCCGCAGGAGGUCAAACUUCCUGGAAACAGCAGCUAUCACAAUCUCACCUAUUACACACCUGCGGCAGGAAACAAUCAGGCGACUUUUACCAGCACUUUGUCUCUGAAAGUAGCCAACGAAACCGUGCCCUGCUCCACAAGCAUCACCUACUAUCCAAACCCUGAGUUUACCAGCUUCACAUCCACAAAGAGAGGGGACGAUAUCCGCAUCAUCAUAGAGAAAAAGGCAGACAAACUGGACAUGACAAGAGCUGAGCUGUCAGUGUUCGGCAUUCAUGAAGGAAAAGAACAUCCCUGCAUCAUGGUGAUCAAAGAAACCAAAAAUAAGUCUGACCUUUUCACCUGUGACAUAAAGAGCACGACCCUCACUAAAUUUCAGCAGUUAAAGAUAGAGUAUGGAGAUAGGACAAUAACACUGAACCUUAACUCUUCAUCACUGUUCAUUUUGACGGUGCUUGUCCUUCUGCUGAUACCCUGCAUUAUCGUCGCGGUGGUUAUUGUUUAUCGAAGCCAACAGAAGAAGCUCACUGCUAAGAUGAACAGACGUUUGGAGGUCCUGGAGCUCGACAUCAGGAAUGAUAUCAGACAAGGUUUUGUGGAUCUGCAGACAGAGAAAGCUGAGCUGAUGGAAAACGUUGGAGCGAUUCCUUUCCUGGACUACAAGCACUUUGCCUCCAGAAUCUUUUUUCCUGAGAGUGAAUGUUUGAUGACGUCGUGUAUCAGAGACAUUGAUCAGGACGCAGUGAAGGUUCAGCUUGAUGAGUGUUGCCAGGGCUUGUCCAGGCUGAUCCAGGAUCAGCUCUUCCUCACAUCUAUGGUUCACGCUCUGGAGGAGCAGAAGAACUUCACCAUCAAAGACAAGUGUGCAUUGGCAUCUCUACUAACAGUAGCACUCCACGGCAACCUGUUCUACCUGACAGAGGUGAUGGAGGUUCUGCUGAAGGAUCUGAUGCAGCAAAAAAGCAACGCUCAGCCCAAACUGUUUCUACGACGCACUGAGUCCACAGUGGAGAAACUGUUGACCAACUGGAUGUCCAUAUGCCUUUAUGGCUUCCUCCGGGAAAGUGUUGGCCAGCACCUGUUCCUGAUGGUGAGCGCUCUCACGCAGCAGAUCGCCAAAGGACCUGUGGACUGUGUGACAGAGAAAGCUCUGUACACACUCAGUGAGGACUGGCUGCUGUGGCAGGCUCCGGACUUCAGCUGCCUGAAGCUGAAGGUGCUGUUUGCUGUGGGCAGUGACGGGGAGGUCAGUGAGCCUCUGGAGGUCAACGCCCUGAGCUGUGACACAGUAGAGCAGGUCAAAGAGAAAAUCCUGUCCACCUUCAAGGCCAAGUUUGGUUUCCCCUACAACGUCGCCCUCAGGGACGUUUGUAUCGAGUUUGAGAAGAUUGGAUCCUUUGUUCCUCUUGAGGAAGUGGACAGAAGCUCGGAGGUUGUCGGGGAGGUGACGAUGCUCAACACACUCAAUCACUACGAGGUUCCUGAUGGAGCAACGAUCAAAGUGCUUUCUAAGAAAACUCGUCCUCCUCUGAGCCCACAGGGAAGUCUGAAGGAUGAUGAGAACUUCUCUGGAAAAUACUUCCACUUGAUUGAUCCUGAUGUAGACGAGGACCAGAGAAAGAACCCAGAGAGGAAGAAGUUAAAACUGAAGGAAGUGCACCUCACCAAGCUGCUCUCCACCAAGGUGGCCGUGCAUUCAUUUGUGGAGAACCUGUUCAAGACCAUCUGGGGGACACAGCACAGCAAAGCUCUGCAUGCUGUCAAAUACUUCUUUGACUUCCUGGACACUCAGGCAGACUACAUGAAGAUCACCGACCCAGAUGUCCUGCACAUCUGGAAGACCAACAGUUUGCCUCUGCGCUUCUGGGUCAACAUCCUGAAAAACCCCCAGUUUGUUUUCGACAUGGAGAAGACGCCACAUCUGGACGGCUGCUUGUCCGUCAUCGCUCAGGCCUUCAUGGACUCCUUCUCCCUCAGUGAGACCCAGCUGGGGAAGCACGCACCGACCAACAAGCUCCUGUAUGCCAAAGAUAUUCCCAAGUUCAAACAGGAAGUGAAGGCGUACUAUAAGCAGAUCAGAGAGCAGUCACCAAUCACAGACUCAGAAUUCAAGGACUUCUUGCAGCAGGAGUCGAAGAAACAUGAAAAUGAAUUCAACGAAGCCGCAGCCCUCCGAGAGCUCUACAGAUUCAUCCAGCGAUACUUCACUGAGAUAAAAGAGAAGCUUGACCAGAACGGCGCCCCCACUGAGCUGACGGAGCAACUACAUCACAUUAAAAACUUGUUUGAUGGACUGAAGAGCUGCACCUGGAACUGAGCUGCCUGAC